AUUUGAUUUGUGCUCCACGUGCGGGUUUUGUAAAUUUUAUACCUCUGUUAUUUUUACUAUUUUAACGUAAAUAAAACCAUUUAAGUAUGCCGCCUGUAAAGAAACCGAAGGCGCAAAAGAUCGAAAAGGUCGCCACGCCUAUAAAGAAGGCAGAGCCAACGAAAGAUGUUGUUUCAGGCCAGCUGAAGAAGAAGCUGAAGCCCCAAGCCAAGCAGGGCCCGGAUCGCGGAGUGGUGCUUGUGCAGCGCCUGCCUCAUGGAUUCUUCGAGCAGCAGCUGCGACAGUACUUCAGCCAGUUCGGCCGAGUGCUUCGGGUACGCCUGGGCCGCUCCGAGCGCACGGGUAACAGCAGGGGCUUUGCCUUUGUUGAGUUCGAGUACCCAGAGGUGGCCCAGGUGGCCGCCGAAACCAUGGACAACUAUCUUAUGUUCCAGAAGGUGGUGAAGGCCAAGUACAUUCCACCGGAAAAGCAGACUGUAAACUAUUUUAGGACUUCAGUUAAGAAGGUGAUAAACAAGGCUGGAAAGCAAAUUUUUGUGUCAAAUCUGAUCCAAGCUCGUCAGCGCAGUGUAACAAAGCAAAACGAUUGGAAUGAAGCCGCUUGCCAAAAACGCACUCUGUCCAAUCUUAACAAGAUCAAGAAAGUGCAAGAAAAAUAUAAGCAUUUGGGCAUUGACUUUUCCAAUUUGGUGGUAGAGCCGAUUAAAAAAUCAAAGGCAGCGGCAGAGGCCUCAACUAGUAAGGAUACGGCCAAGUCUGACAAAAAAAAGAAGGAACCAAAACUAGAGGACUUGCUGGGAAAUACCAUCACCGAAGACUCCGACGACGAGGACUACGUGGAUGCGUCCGACGAUGAGUCGGAAGUGGAUCUUGAAGAUGACAGUGAGGAGGAGGAGGAUAUCCCAUCCCCACCCAAGAAGACUUCAAAGAAGCUGCAGCCACUCGCUGACAAGUUGAAACGCAAGCCCGGUACUGGCGGCGUCCAGAAGAAAAAGGCCGCUCCAACCGUUAAGGCACCUAAGAAUGAUGCCACGCAGAAGCUGCAGCUGGCCGCAGCCAAAAAGCUGGCUAAACCCCUGCCCAAGAAAGCAAAGAAGUCCAAGAAGUAGUGUAAAUUGUAUCUAUAUCCUAGUUAAGUAAGAAAACAUUUGUAAGAACAGUUGUGUUUAAAAAAUGUCCUUGUACAAACUAAAA